AUGCUUUCGCAAAUGGCCGCCACUGCAGGUUCCGUUGCAGUAGGUUCGACCAUCGGCCAUGGUCUCUCGCACAUGCUCUUCGGCGGCUCCUCCGCGGCACCGGCUCCUGAGGCACAGGCACUCCCAGCACAGGAGGCACAGACGUACGCACAGACUUACCAGAGCCAGGGUAUUAGCUGCGAGAUUCAGGCGAAGGAUUUCACGAAGUGCCUCGAGAAGGCGGAUCUGCCAUCGUGCACAUGGUAUCUUGAGCAGCUCAAGGCUUGCCAGGCAGCUGCUGCUCCUUACUGA